ACACAAUGGCACAAUCGUAAUUUCAAGCAGAAUCCACGUCCAUUUAACUUAACACCAUCUUCUUCUUCACUCACACUCUCUGUCUCUGUCUCUCUCUCAAGAAAUCCUCAAACCAACUCUUUCUCACUACACUCCCAACAAUGGCGAAGAAGAUGAGUUCUCUCAUCAUCAUCUUCAACAUUCUCCUCCUCCUCAUAAUCCAAACCCACGCGCAUAACGUCACGCGCCUCCUAGCAAACCACCCAUCAUUCUCCUCCUUCAGCCAUUUCCUAACACAAACUCACCUCGCCGACGAAAUCAACCGGCGAACAACCAUAACCGUUUGCGCCGUCGAUAACGCCGCCAUGUCAGCAUUAACCUCUAAAGGCUACACAAUCUCAACUCUCAAAAACAUCCUCUCUCUCCACGUCCUUCUUGAUUACUUCGGAACUAAAAAACUCCACCAGAUCCGUGACGGCUCUGCUCUCGCCGCUACUCUGUUUCAAGCCACCGGAGCUGCUCCUGGAACCACCGGGUUCGUCAACAUAACGGAUCUGAGAGGUGGUAAAGUUGGGUUUGGUCCUGACGGUGGAGAUCUGUCUUCUUUCUUUGUUAAAUCUAUUGAAGAAGUUCCGUAUAACAUCUCCAUUAUUCAGAUCAGUAGAGUUUUACCGUCGGAGACUGCGGCGGCUCCGACUCCAGCUCCGGCGGAGAUGAAUCUUACCGGAAUAAUGUCGGCUCAUGGAUGCAAAGUGUUCGCUGAGACUCUUCUAACUAACCCUGGAGCUUCAAAAACCUAUCAGGAGAGUUUAGAAGGAGGCAUGACAGUGUUCUGUCCAGGAGAUGAUGCCAUGAAAGGUUUCUUGCCCAAAUACAAGAACUUGACAGCUCCAAAGAAAGAAGCUUUCCUCGAUUUCCUUGCUGUCCCGACAUAUUACUCAAUGGCAAUGCUCAAAUCCAACAACGGUCCGAUGAACACACUCGCGACUGAUGGAGCCAACAAAUUUGAGCUCACUGUACAGAACGAUGGAGAAAAAGUUACGCUCAAGACAAGGAUCAACACUGUCAAGAUCGUUGAUACUCUCAUUGAUGAGCAGCCUUUGGCUAUUUAUGCGACGGAUAAGGUUUUGUUGCCUAAGGAGUUGUUUAAGGCUUCGGCUGUUGAAGCUCCGGCUCCUGCUCCGGCACCGGAGGACGGUGAUGCUGCGGAUUCUCCAAAACCAGCUAAAGGGAAAGCGAAAGGGAAGAAGAAGAAGGCUGCACCGUCGCCGGAUGAAGCUUUUGGUGACUCGGAUUCGCCUGCGGAAGGGCCUGAUGGAGUGGCGGAUGAUGCGACGGCAGAUGAUGCCGGUGCGGUUCGGAUCAUCGGAGGAGCUAAGGCUGGUUUGGUGGUGAGCUUGCUCUGCUUGUUUGCUUCUUCUUGGCUUCUAUAGUUUCACUUCUUGUUUCUUCUAUUCUUCUAUGUUUUUUGGUGAAUCUUUUAUUUAUGGCUUUUGGGGGAAAGUAAAUGAGGAUUAUUUAU